ACGGGUACCCGUGCCGAGCGAGUCCACAGUGUUUAGUCGUGCAUCUUACUCUGCGAAUGUACUACGCGUGUGCCGUGGGUUAUUUUGUGUUUGUGAAGUUCCCUAAAAUCAGUAAAGCUGGCUCCCAUAAUGGCUAACAACCGGGCAACCAAGUCUGGAUUCGCCGCCGAAGCUCAAAGAAAAAUUAACAGCAAAUACAGCGAGGAACUCGCUCAAGAAUGUUUAGAAUGGAUCAAAUUAGUGACCGACGAAAAUAUUGAUGUCGCUGGAGACAUGGACAACUUUUAUGAAAUAUUAAAGGACGGCACAUUGCUCUGCAGAUUGGUCAACGCACUGCAGCCAGGUUCAGUUAAGAAGAUAAAUGAGAGCACAAUGGCCUUCAAAUGCAUGGAGAAUAUUAACAACUUCUUGAAAACUGCUACUGAGAUGGGCGUCCCAGCUCAGGAGACAUUCCAAACCGUUGACCUGUGGGAACGGCAAAAUCUUAACUCAGUUGUGACCUGUCUCCAAUCUCUCGGCAGGAAGGGCCAUCAAUUCGGAAAACCAAGUAUUGGACCGAAGGAAGCUGAUAAGAAUGUCAGGAAUUUCUCUGAAGAACAAUUGAAGGCUGGCCAAGGAAUCAUUAGCUUGCAGUACGGUAGCAACAAAGGAGCUAAUCAAAGUGGAAUCAAUUUUGGAAAUACCAGACAUAUGUAAAUUCUUCCAACGCCCUUGUUCACUGCAUUUAAUUACCCGCUGAUUCCAAAACUUAACUAAAAUGUUCGUUCAAAUUUUUCGAUGAUUCAUCACAUCAAAAUCAAUAUCUUUUGAUGUUCUACAAGUACUUCAGCUUUAGAUUUAAAGUCUAGUAUGAUUUAAAUUCCCUUCUAGAAGAAAACUACUUGCAGCAUGAAAUUAUGUAGUCCGGGUUUCGUGCUUUGAAAAAAAAAAUCUGCAAGAACAUACUUACAGUACUUAAUUGAAAAAAAGGGAAGGAAAAGGGUGACAGAAAUUUUUUUCAAAAACAGAAAAAUCAUGAAAGAGAAAAAAUCUAAUUGGGAUAUAGAUUAAAAAAGUUAAAAAGAAAAUUAAUUGACACAUUUAUUCAAAGGAGGUUCAUCUACUUAGGAAAUCCUUUGCUGAUAGACUUUCUUUACGUACAUGUAUCCAAAUAAAAAUUACAAUAUUUGAGUACUUGUCUUUUGAAGUUAGAUUUAAAGAGGAAUUUGCCAAACAAAUCCAUUUUCACGGUAAGCCAAUCUUUUGGAGUAAUUCUAUACCAUUUUUGUUGUUGUUGUUAUUACCUAUUUUACUUGACCAAAAGUGAACUCUAUGAUUAUUAAUUUAUUUAUUUACUUAUUUAUUAAAGUAUGAUAUUCUUAUCGUGCUUAUAAUUCCUAGAUCAAAUUUUUAUCUUUUGAAAAUAAAUGAGCACCUAUUAUUUGAUGAUUAGCA